UCCCUGAGCCGCUGCGGUUCCGGGCGAGCCGCCAGGCGGGCGGGCCUCUGACUUCGCUGCCUCGUAAACAUCACGCAACUUGUUGGCAGGCGGGUUUGUGCGAUUCAUCUGUAGUUGUCAAGUUCCACAAGAGAUCAGAAAAGCAACACCGACCAACCCACCGAACACAGCACUGGGCCAAGCGUAAGUAAGUCAGGAUUCUCCAUGGUGAAGAUGGUCAGCCAUGGAAAACAUAUUGCAAUAAUAGUCGAACAGCUUAAAAAAUUUAACCCUGAAAAUCAGAGCGUGGAGGAUUUCUUGGAUGAAUCAGAGAAGAUGUUGCAGACACUUAAUGUGACAGAAGCAAAAUUUGUGUUGGAUACACUUGCUGGAUGCAUAGAAUAUAAAUCUUUAUUGGAUGUAGUAGUCAAUGCCUUUUUUGUUCGGGAUGGGAGAUACUGUCUGAUUUCUGAGCGUAAUCUCUAUGUAGUUAUUUGUUAUCUGGCUACUUUUCAACUAGAAGAGCUCGGUUUUCAGCACUUCAGCAGAAUUGUGAGAUCUCUGGACACUGCAAAAAUGCAAAAGUUUCUUAGAUUCUUCUUCAAUGCCUUGUAUUUGAACACAUGGAUAAAAGAUGAAUGGAGUCAUUUCUACGAUUCAGUGUAUGUAAAAGAGAACUGGAUUGAUCCACUGCUAAGAUGGCAGCCAAAAGUACAGCAACUGAUCCAACAGCUCACAGAUAAAUUAAAUUAUCGUACUCCCACUGUCAAGACUUCGAAGGUUACUCAGCCAAAGGAAUUUAAUUUGACUGUACCCAAGCCACGUGCCACUCCCAUACCUCUGCCAAUACCAGUACUGGAAAAAAGACUACCUGUUCCUCCAAGCACCUACAAACCUCCAAAGGAAAAAAAGCAACUAGAGGAAAUUAAAACAAAAAAUCGCCAAAAAGCAGAAGAUCUUCUCCUGAAAGCAAAUACUGACAAGUUCAGGUGUGCAAGCAUGAAGCCUGAAAGGAGAGAGCAGAACACAGAGGACAGUAUGAAGAGUAAACCAGCAUUCCAGGUUCAAAAGAUCCAAAGCAAGAUUGACAAUAUACCCAUUAAAUUAAACGCUGCAGCUAUUUUGAGAGAGGGUGCCCUCUAUCAGCGGAAAAUGGAACAGGAGCUCAAGAGAGUUGAAAGUUUGCUACAAGGGGCUAAAGACCCAUCUGAAUUCUUGGAAUGGCAAAAACAGAUGCGCGGAAAAGAUUUGGAAGAGCAGCUGGCUGAAAUAGAGUGUAGGAGGCUUCAAGGGAAACUGAGUUAUGAAGAGGCACUUCUAGCCCAUCAGAACGUAAUUCAAGAAAAUAAGAGGAAAGCUGAUCUAAUGAGAGAAGAGAAAGCAGAUCUGAUGCACCAGUAUGCAGAGAAACGUCUACAAGAACAGAAAGAAAUGAGAGAGCUGGUGGAGCAGGUCGUGGAAGGACACAAGAGUGCAAAGCAAGCAAAAAUAAAGCUCAAGAAAUACAAACAGCAGAUAGUUCAGGAGGUUGCUGAAGAAAAUCGAGAACUUCUUCGGCAAGCUUUAGAAGAAGAGGAGGAGAAGCUUAGAAAAAGAUAUGAACUAAUUCAACAAAUAAGAGCUAUUGAGUCUUUACCAAGCCUCAGACACAAGUUUGUUGAUUUAACUGAGACUGGUGGCCAUGGUUUAAUUUGUGAAAUGUCGAUAGUAGAACUACGUGAACGCCUUGCUCUGCUCAGAGAAGCACAGAAGGCAGCAGAGGAAGAGAAGAGAGACCAGAUAAUUCAUGAAAAACAAGCUAAGGAACAACUUCUUCUAGACAAACUGGACCAGAUUUCUGUGUUCAGAGCAGAACUUGGACGAGCAGCUGCUUUAAAGCAAGAAGAAAAGAAAAGAAAGUCCCAGUUUGGUGAAAGGCCUAUGAAAGAUGAACGCAUUUUAAACCUGCAGAAGAAGAUUGUAGAAAAAACAAUGGAGCGUAAAAAGCAAGCAGAACUCCUAAAGAUUACCCCCUGGAAAACCAGCAUCCCAUCAAGGAAGGUCUGGGACUUACAUAAGGAGAAAAGCUCUGCAAUAGACCUGCUGUUCACAGACCUUUGCUCAACUGCCAGCGUUGGCAGGGGGCAGAGGCAGAUGGUGCCACACAGGACUGGCAGUAGCAGUGCCCUGCUUCCUGCGAUUCUUUGCAAUGGAACCACUGGAAAGAACUGGAAGAGAGUCGGGGACGACAGUUCAAGAUCCUUCAACAUGGCUUCACGGCCAGAGAAACAGCUCAGAAAAUGGCUGCCUGAGGCAGCAAGAAAUGGAGCCAGUCUGUAUAUUGUGCUCUGAAGUAAAAUAAAAUACAUCUGGAACAAAUUCAGGCCUGCUGGAAAACUCCCAGCAUGCCUAUUUACUACCAGGUUGAAUUUUAAUCUUGAUUUCACCUUUGCAGUGUGAUUAGUAUGUAUGCUAUGCCAUGGUUUGCUGUGCUCAUCUUCCAAAACAAUAAAAAUGAGGGCAAAAAACAAGCAA